AUGGAGAAAAGCAAAUCCUUCUCGGCCUAUCAUUCCAGCUGCUACCAUGACAUGAGGGUUGGGUUUGAGGAUCGAUCCAAUUCUUACAGCUUCAAUGGUCCAAGCAUCAAAGAAGAUGUUCUGGCCAUAAAGGGUAACCCAGAAGUCAAAAGGAGAAAAAGGGUAGCAUCCUAUAACAUGUACACCAUGGAGGCUAAGCUCAAAUCCUCCUUUCGCACCAGUUUCAAGUGGAUCAAAAACAAACUUGUAGUCGACUAUUACGACGAUGAGUGA